AUGGUCCAACAUGCGUGGAGUCAUGGCCCCGUCGUGCGAAUCAACCCAAAUGAGGUCCAUAUCAAAGACUCUUCUAUGUAUCAUGCUGUCUAUAAAAACCCGGCUUUCACAAAGGAUCCGGGCUCUUACGCUCUUGGCGUGUCUCAGGGGAUGGCGUUUACCAUAUCAAUUGACCAACACAAAGAGAAGAGAAAGACCCUGAAUCCCUGCUUCUCCAAGCUUUGCAUCAGCAACAUGGAGGGCACGUUGUACGAUGAGCUUGAUAAGGUCUUCUCGAAAAUCAAGGAAUAUGAACGCCAAGGCGAACAAGUCCCCAUCGCAGAGCUCUUGUAUUGCUACACAGCCGAUAUAAUCUCCAGCCAUUUCCUUGGGAAAAAUCUUGACCUCAUCGCGGCCCCCAACUUUAUCGAACGGUCGGCAGAGAUGCAAUCCUUCACCAAGGGUAUCUGGAUGGCUGUCCACUUUUCCUUCGUCCGCUACAUUCUGGUUGCUACGCCGCGGUGGAUGCUGGCGUACCUCAGUGGCACUUUUGUCGACGUGAUCUGGUUUGUCGAACGUGCCGCGCAAGCCGCCAUCAAGACAUUCGACCUCGACAAGGCUCUGCAAAAGAAGGCGUACGAAGAAACCAUCUUCGACCGCAUGCUCUGCGAAAACGCUAGACGUGAAGAAAAGGGCCGAAAGGCUAGGCCGCUCCACUUCCGAGAGCUUGCAGAUGAGGGCACAGGCGUCCUCAAUGCAGGCACUGAGCCGAGUGCGAUCAUGCUUUGCUAUGCAACUUACUUCUUCUCCCGCUUUCCUCACGUUCAGAAACCUCUCCUCGAGGAGCUUGCUUCCGUCGAGCGCCAAGACGGACGACUACCGCUGCGCAAGCUGGAGGCCUUGCCCUAUUUGACUGGCUUUAUUAAGGAAAGCCUGAGAUACAUGCCACUGAUCCCGGGCCGGUUGCCUCGCGUCGUGCCCAAGGGAGGUCUCUACGUCCCAGCCGUUAACAAGACUAUUCCUGAAGGCUGUGUUGUUGGCCUGAGUCAGUUACACAUCUCCUUCGACCCAGAAGUGUUCCCGAGCCCAUACGAGUUCAGGCCCGAGCGCUGGUUUGCUGAGUCAGGAAAAGACCUUGAUCAUUGGGUGCUUGCAUUCUCGAAAGGUCGAACUGACUGCAUCGGCAAGACCCUUGCGUAUGCGGAGAUGUACUUGGUCCUGGCCAACUUGUUCACGAGUUUCGACAUAACGUUGGCUCCUGGAAGCCGUGAGGGCAUGGAGUGGGAUGAUCGUGUCGUCGCGCAUUCCAAGCAAAACUUGCGCAUCCUCGUCAAAUCGAGGACGGUGUGA